GAUCUAACCCCUCAACAUCAAUUAUAAUCAAGACUCUUUGCAUCUAUUCGAAGCACAUCAAGUACAGUAUUAAUAUAAACCAAAAAAUCUGCAUUCCAAUAUUCUACCAAACGAUCUUCAAGGUCACUUGCAGCCAAUUCAACCGGUAUAUCACGGCUUGUAACAAUCAAGAAAAUGGAAAUCGUGAAGCGAAGCAACGAGGGUACUGAGAAGAAAGCAGCUGGAAGACUUGUUGGUGGUAUAAGCACCGCAAAAUCGGAUAUCGAAGUGUUAUCCUCCACUGAGCCUCUCAAAUCACACGAGUAUGUCCGAUUGCCUCAAUUAAAGAUUUUGCUCGAUGCUGUCUAUGAUGACCUGCUUCAUGCGCCAUCAUUACAUGAACAAGAAAACGAAUAUCUUGCCAACAUUAAUCAUGAAUUUUCACUUCAAUCACCUGCGUUCGAUCUGAACCAUGACAAAUUGUCAAAUGAUACAGACGACGAUUAUUGCGUAGAUUGCCCAGUCGAGAUCGGCAUCGACAAGUUUGGACAAGAUUAUGUACGAUCAAGAAGCACUGAUCUACCAACUAUACAAGAGGAAGAGGAAGGGGAGAUUCAUGACUUAGAUGAUGAAUUCGACGCCAGUAUGGCUGAGUGUAGCUUUGAUACGGAUAAAGGAAAAGAAAAUAAGCUUCGCCCCAAUUACAGCUUGGAGGAUAGACUUGAGCUGAUUGACCAGAGCUGUGCUCUUCUCGCGCCCUCCAUUACUCGAUGGUCUGAUGAAGAUCUGUCUGGGCAUCAGGAGGAACUUUCGGCGCCUGAUUUAGCCAGACGAUUGUUUGAAGUAAACAUGCAGCGAGAGAGACAAACAGGCAAAUCGAAAAGAGUGUUGAAAAUACUUCUUCACAAAGUAAAAGGCGGAGCUUCGAAGGUCAUAUUGCGGAAGUCUUGGGGAAACUUCCUGACAGCGACGAGCAGGGUGGGUGAAACAAAUCAAGUGGAUAAAUAAGCGGGUUAUAGUUCGGCUUGGGAGACAAGGAGAUGAGGAUAGUACAUAUCAGUCCAUACAGCGAUAAUAGUAAUGAUAAUAGCAUCGUAUAAUUUAUUUUGACGGAGCA